AGUGAGAGAUAAUUAAUAAUCUUUUAAUAAGAUCUCAAUAAAAUUUUAAUAUUUAUUAUUAAUUAAUUUUGACACUAUAUCGAAAUAAAUCUUCACAUGACACUUUAGGGGAGACUUUUAAUAAUCAUUUUUAUUUCUAUUCAAAAUUAUUAAAGGAAUCACUUUUUCGAUUUUCCAGAUAUUACGAAAACGAACGAAGAUUAGAUUCUAGAAGAUAAAUUAUUUGAGCCAUUAAUGCCCAGCGCUUUGAUUUGCCGGGAAUUCUCGCCCAACGUUUUCAGCACCAAAAAAUGUCAAAAUUGUUUCCGGAACCUGGAAAAGCACGACAUUUCAACCCAUCCCGACCUAUGCAAAGAAUCUCAAGGAAAGAUUUUAAUAUCCGGCUAUCUUUUUAUCACGCAUGAUAAAAGCUUAUUCAAUCAAAACCGUAGAAACAAAUGGCAAAGAAGAUUUUUCACCUUAUUCGACAAUGGACAGUUAGCGUAUACUUUUGACGAAAAUCUAGAAAAUUCUCCCCCUCCAAGUUACAUAUCCUUGUCCUCGAGAUAUCUGGACGUUAACGAUUCCAAUCAAAGAAAAAGGGAAUACAUAUUCUCGAUCGGUCCCGACAUAUUAUCACAAGAUAAGAAACCUCGGGAUUUUAAUUCGGAUUUAGAUGAUUUAUUGGACACGUUUUACCUCAAAACUCACAAUCUACAAGAAUAUUUAAAGUGGAUCGAAAUUUUAUCGACCCUAAUGGGCGACAUUAACGAUCGGGAAUCGAAUCAUAGAGCCAGAAAAGAAUCGCAAUUAUAUUCGCAGGAACCGGUUCCACAUAGUAGCGCGUACUUCAAAUACAAGCGGAAAGACGGGCUGAACAAAUUUCCUAACAAUCCGCUGAUUCAUAUAACAGGAGAAAAGGCGUUGAGCCCAGUCGUGCAGAGGGUAUCUCCGGUCGUUAAGAAUUCGGGUAUUCUCGAAUCUUCCACGAGGGAUAUGCCAGCAAGGAUUAAAGAAAAUUACGACCAGAGACCCAUUGAAAAAAUGAAUAACAAAAAGAAGUCUACCAAUAAUAAUGAUGUAAACGGAAAUCAAGCUUCUUUGGCAAAUCAUUCAUUUAAUGGAACACAGUUUAAUGAUAAAGAAUUAUACAAUGCGAAAAUAGCCAACGAAGAAUUCAACAUAGCCGAAAUGAGGUACAAGUAUCCGCUGGAAGAUAUGAAAAAUAGAAAUCAUGAUUCCGGCGUUUUUUCCAUGACAUCCAGCGUGGAUUCUCCGCCCAAAUAUGAACGAUGCGGGAAUAAAAUGGCGAAUAAUGUUAGGAAAUCCUCCCCUAGUCGCAUAGGCCACGCCAUAAACUCCGAAAUUUUGGAAGCCAUCAGGCGGGACGAUUUGGAGUACGAAAAAAUACUGGCAUCCAGACCUCAAAAUUUAAUCAUUCAAACCAAAUCUUUGAAUAACUCUUCGGACGACACCGCAUCGUCCAUGCCCUUUAAACCCAUCCGUGAUACCUAUAAAUUACACGAUAUCGGCAACGGUAUUCGCGUUCAUCGGAGAUUCGGUGGAUCGAGCGAGAUUCUGGAGGACAACCGUAACAAAUAUAUUCCUGCGGAUUCAAAGUCCGACACUGAAAAUACCGAAAUCAAUAGUCGUUCUUCGGAGGCGUUAAAUGGCAUCACCCUUGAUGGCCGCAAAAACUUCGAUCUUAUCAGUAGCACGCCGAUUCUUUUCAACGAAAGUAAAGAUGAAAAUGCCAAGGUGACGAUGUAUCAGCAACCCUUCGAUUCGGGGGAAGAAAGCGAUCCGCCGUUAAAAAAAUUUAAAAAAUCUGUCCUCCAAAAGGAACAAAAAUCGGGAAUAUUAUCUUUCGUCGGUGGAGGAGGAGUAGGAGCGGAGGAAAGAAAAAAAUUCAGGAAGAAAAAGCGAAAUUCUAUUUUCUCCUCCAUUUCCGCCAAAGGAGGCAAAAACGCGUUGUUGAACCAAUAUUCCGAGAUAAAUUUUAGGAUUGAGCCCUCGAAUAUUCUAUACCCAAACAGUUCCUUGAGAAUCGAAAAAGAUUAUCCCGUCAAAGCAAUGAUCAAAAAUUCGAUUCACAACGGAUAUUACAGAGAAACUAGUCGCUCGUCUCACGAUAUAAAUCACGUUGAUCCGAUCAAACAUUAUCGGGACAAGUCUAACGAAUGCCUUCUACCGAAUAAAAUGAUGGCUCCUGAAUUUCUAUUAGUCGCCGACUUGACUAAUAAUAUUUUAGUAUCGGGAGGCGCUGGUACCAAUUCUCGUUCGUUGACCAAUUUAAACACCGAUAAGGAGGAUUCGCGCGUCAUAACAAAACCGUAUAAUAGCGAGAAGGCCCCUAAAUGUCGCGACGAGGUGAACGAGGAGAAUAAAGGUUUCGCGCAUAUCACGGACCUGAUAAAGAAAUAUGAACGCGAUAUGAACGCGUCUACCCCUCAUAAAGAUGGGAAAUCCAAAGAAUCGUUCAAUAAUAAAGCUAUCUCCAAAAAUUUGGACAAAGAUCCUAAUACGCAAAUCGCGAAAAGCGGGAAAAAAGUUGAAAUUAAAGGUGUAUCCGAAAUAACGAUGUGUCAGCCACUUCUAAACAAUUGUAAAGAUGCGCCACUCGAGAUAAAAGGAGAGAAGGAUAUUAAAAAAGUGGAAUAUCUACAAGCUCAGCUUGAAAGAACUAGAUCUCGUUUAUACAGAACUAAAAGUGAGAACGAAGAUUUGAGGAAAGAAAUCAAGAGCAUUAAUAACGGAAUGAACAAUGAGUCUACGGAUCCUUCAAAAGACUUCGAAAAUAUUGGAAAAGUUUCAAAGACGUCAUCUAUAAACUUCCUGUCCCACGUAAAUCAGGAUUUGAUACACGCCAAUUCUAAAGAACCCUUUAGUUCUAUAUUGAAAAACUUUAAAAAUCGGAUUAACAAUCAAGGAAAGAGCAACAACGAUUUAUUACAAGAUGAAACUAUUACACCCUCCGAAAUGCAAAAUGGAUUCGAUAACCAUCACCUAAAUGAUAAACAGCUGAUCGAGAAACUUCAAGAAGAAGUCAAGUAUUACAAAUUUAAAAUGCUGGAAGUAAACGAACUCGCCGAUUUCAAUACCCUUCAAAUAAAAAUUCUGAAAGAUCAAAUGAAGGAUCAAGAUUCGACUAAACUGAUUAAAGGCAAUUCCGGGGAACACGUGACCAAUGGCAAGACUGAAGACACUAAGACAAAUAAGAAAGAACUUUCCAAGGAGAAACACAAAUACAAGAAACUCAAGGAAGACUUCGAGCGCACCAAGGCUUCAUUAAACGAACUGUCUGCAACUUUGAUGGCUAGGGAAAAGGAGAACGAAGGCCUAAAUGAACGGCUCCUUUUAUUAUCCAACGAAAUUGAUGCUGCCCCUAAAACUCCUAACACGGAAGAUUUUGUCACUUUCAAAAAAUCAGGGGAUUUGGAUAAGGAGGAUGAUCAUAAGGUUUCUCAACUGGCUCAAUCUUUGAGCGAUGCUAAUUCGCGGAUAGAGGCUCUCCAAGGCGCUCUCCGUAGAUGCGAACUGGUCUACGAUGAUACGCGAAAUCGUGCCAAGUUUUAUUGGAAUUCUUCCUCUAUGACCCUAACCAAGAUCAGGGGUUUAAUAAUAGAUAUCUCCCUCUUGCCCUACCAGAAAAAGAACAAAUUAUUUUCCAACGAACAUCAGUUCGAAAAUGGUGGGCAUAUUUAUACGAAUGAUAAGCAUUCCUCCGUGGAAACAUCAGCCCAUUCUGAAAACAGCAUUCAAAUAUCUUCCGAAAAGCGAGAUACCCUAAUCGCUAAACUCAAGGAAGCCGAAGAAAUCUUGAGGACUACUUGCAAUCAUCAAUACAACGACAUACCGCUCAACUCACCAUCUUCCAACGUCAAAAUCAAUUCCUUUAAUUUCAAAAAAUGUAAGAUACCCUUGCCUUUCCCGCAAAAAGAAUUAUGUAAAGGUGAGCCCGAGUACGACAAACUGGAAAAUAGAAACGCUAUCCUUGACAAUGCUAUAUCUGCGCAUUGCGAUGAGUAUACUGUGCCGCUUGUGAAAAACGAAGCGUGUGCUUCACCUGGCACGACGUUAAAUGAGUUGGGUAAUUUUUGCCAAUAUUUGCAGGACAAAUGCGAUAAAUUGGGCGUCCAUUUUAAACAUUAUUAUUCCUUGAGCAAAGCCGACGAUAAGCAUUACCAUUGCAAAUUAAACGAAAAUUUUGAUCAAAGUAAACAACUCAAGGAAGAAAUAAUUAUCGGGUUAUUAGAGUUUAUGGUAAGUUUAGACGUUUUUUUAAUCCUCUUCAAAGGAAAUCCAUCUUUGGACGAUAUUCGAAAUUCGCUAAAACCCAACAAUAAGCUCCCAAAUUUAUAUCACUUAUACGUCAAUUUGAGAGAAUUGAAGCCAAGGGACAAAUUUAUGCCCAAGCUGUUACGAACCUUAAACGAAAUCAACGUUAUAACUAAACACGCGAUAAAUGGGACCAAUCAGAACGAUACUUUGUCAGAGCUCAACAGGUUUCACGAAAUUAUUUACAAGGAACUUUCAUUGUACUCGGGCGAACCCACAGAAACAUUCCCGAAAAGGUUACCAAACGCGUUUCGAUUGACCCUCUUCGCCUGUCACCUCUCCAGAACUAUGGUCAAUGAAGCUAUCUAUAGAGCCACGUUUAGAAGCUACCGAGGAAAAUUGAUGGAAACGGACCUCGACACGAACAACAAUAUAAAAUUGAUCGAAAAUUGUGCGUCCGAUUUAGCCAGAAGUGUUUUAUCCGAUUCCAUUUCCACGUCUUUCCUAUACUUGUCUUGCAGACAUAAAAUUCAAACGGAAAAGGAUAGGCUAUUGCGAGCGCACGAUUCCACGAGAGGGAGAUACGAGGAAUCAAAUACGAUUCCAGCUAUUUUUAAAAAAAUUGGUCGUGGCGCGAAUAGCGAUGUCAAUGUUGCGAAUAGACUAGACGAUUUAUUUUCUGACCACCACGUUCUUUCGACGCUAUUUGCGAGUUUUAUCGACUACAGGAUCAUGAAAAUUCUGGGAAUGAUUAAUGUGCAAUGAUUAUUUUUCUUUCUCAUGAUAAAAAUAUGUGUACCAUAAUUUAACCGUUUUUCAAGUUCUUUAAUCAUGAAUGUGCUUAUUAUAAAUAAUAUAACUUAUCUAUUGUUUUUUUUUCUAAACGACUCGAUUUGAAACCGAUUUCUUAAAAAUGGCAAACUCAAUAUUUUAGCCAAAAAACAUUAUUGCCUCGAGAUUUUGCGGAUAGAUGUCCGAACAUUUGUGCCAUGGCAGAUCAAAAUCUUCAGGCCUUGCUCAAUAUUUUUCCGGAUAAAAUAUUGGGGUUGGCCAUUUUUAAAAAAAUAGGAACGAGCCGUUUAUCAUACUAAUAAUAUUUCUUUAUAAAUUACUAAUUUAUCGCAAACAAAAAUAUCCUUAACUUUGAAUAAAAAUGUAAUGUCGCUUGAAAAUAUAUAUAUAAAAAUAAUAUUUAUAUUCAUUAUCAAAAAUGUAAAAUGUUUAUAAACAAAAAAAUCCGUCAUUUUUAUUAUAU